ACGUCCCCGUGGUGUCCGUGUCCUGCCGGCUGCGAUGUGUUACGCGCCCCUACUUUAGAAAAAACAGAGAAGGAAAACUUCAUAGAAAUGGCGGAGGGUGCUACGACUCUCAAAGGCUUGCGAGCCCAAAUGGCUGCAGCUGCACAGGCGCAAGCUGAGGAGCGGCGCAGCCUGUCGGGGAACAGUCCGGGACCUGCCACCAACGCACCAGCUAAAUCUCAAGGGUGUAGGCCAGUCAUCGACGGCGCCGCUCUUAAAAUAGACGACCGACUGCGAGUGGCAAAAGAGAGGCGAGAGGAGGCAGAGAGACAACAGGCUUUGAGAGAUUCUCAGAUCAUGGAGCGGGAACGCAAGGCCAAGCUACAAGUGGAGCGUCAGAUGGAGGAGCGUCAGAAGAAGGUUGAGGAACAGCGAAAGAAAGAGGAGCAGAAACGAAUGGCUGUGGAGGAGAAGAGGAAGCUGAAACAGGAAGAGGAAAAGGAGCACUACGAGGCAGUGAUGAGGCGGACACUGGAGCGCAGUCAGCGAGUGGAGCAGAGGCAGAAAAGAUGGUCUUGGGGAGGACUGUCCACCGACUCAGAUGGACGAGCAGGAGAUUCUGAUGCCAGUGCCUCAUCUCCAGUAACUAUAGUUAUCUCCUCUGCCUCGCCAGAAAAGCCACCAAGGAAACAACAAGACAAGCGCUCCACAUCCACUAUGAACCUAAAACAGCCGUCUGAGGCUGCCAUCAGUAAACGUCUGUCCUCCUCCUCUGCCACCCUCGUCAAAUCACCCGACAAACGGAUUAAGCCAAGGAGUUCGUCUUGUAACCGGUUGCCUAGCAAAGGCGAUGCUGCUCAGGCCAGUAAGGAAGACGGCAAAAAGCUUCAGGUGGAACAGACAGGCCGUUCCGUGAAGAAGAGAAGUUCCUCCCUUACGCGAGUAAGUGUGGGCAGAGGACAGACCCCUGCCAAGCCUGAUAAGGGGACAACGGAUGAUCAAGCUCGCAGGCCACCGGCCAGUACGGUGGACGGAGGGGUCCUUAGUCGCCUGCUCACCCCCACCCAGGCCUCACUAGCUAGGAGCAAGAGCGCCGCCGCCCUGUCCGCUGAAGGAACAGAUGCUCCAGAGUGUCACCUAUGUCCUCGCUCAGCCUCUGCCAGUCCCCUGCACCCGCCGCGCGGACCCGUGCGCAGCCGCAGCAUUGACCGGCAGAAGGGCGGCAUGACCACGUCGGUGUCGGCCGAUGGAGCCCUCGACCCUUCACUGAAGGACAAGCAGUUAACAUCGACUCAGGGGCAGCGCCCUGCCUCCCCAUCCUCUUCCCUGGGACGCAAUCGCUCACCCUCCCCUGCCCCCAAUCCAGCACCAAAGAGGACCCCUUCUCCUGUGGCAGCCAAACAAGGUCCUAAGGCACGCCCACCCUCGCCAGGUGGAAUGAAGCAGCGUCCCCCAUCCCCCCAGCCUCAGUCAGCUAAGCCCCCACCCAUCCAGAAACCAGCGCUCACUCCGACCGGGCCCCCGACAUUACGAAAGAGGGACUCCAAGUCCAAGGAUCUGUGUCCUGGCCAGCCGGUGUCGCCACAGUCCUCCGAUUCCAGCAAAACCAAAGAGAAAGAUGACUCAAAGGCCACGUCAGGCACCAACUCAGCUGCUGAAGCAGCAAAGAUUCUGGCUGAAAACCGCAGACUGAUGCGAGAGCAGAAGGAGAAGGAGGAGCAGCUUAGGAUACAGAGAGAGGAAGAGGAGAGAGUGAGAAAAGAAGAAGAGGCUCGUUUAGCAGAGGAGGCUCGACUCAAACGCCUGGAGGAGGAGAAGAAGCUCGCGGAGGAGAGAAAACUUAUAGAAGAAGAGGAGGCUCGUCUGGCUGAGGAGGAAAAAGUGAGACUGGCAGAAGAAGAGGCAAUAAAACAGGCGGAGCUCCAGAAGGAGCGGGAGGAGGCCGAGGCCAAGGCCCUGGAGGAGGCCGAGAGAGUCCGUCAGGAGAGAGACCGCAUCAUGCAGCAGAACCAGCAAGAACGCAUGGAGAGGAAGAAGAGAAUUGAAGAAAUAAUGAAGAGAACAAGAAAAGGGGACCAAGGUGACUUGAAGAGAGAUGACGAUAAGGGGGAAGAGGACGAGAAUGGAGACGAAGGAGAGGACCAGAUAAACUUUGAAACCAAAUAUGCCGCGGCCGAUGCAGAUGACGCAGCCAUGGAGGACGAAAAAGACGCCCUGUCCGGUGGUGAUGUUGCAGCACGAGUGGAGCCCCUGGGCAGCGUAAACGGAAAAUCUGAGACCGACGACAAGGAGAACAACGGCGUAAGCACAGACGAGACUCAGGCAGUAAGUCCCGUCCCUAAAGGCCGCCUUGUCGAGGGAUCGGAGUUUCUGAAUGAGCAGGACUCCACUAAGGUGGGGGUGGUCUCGGGUCUCAACGGUAAGUCCACCCAGUGGAGCUUUGAAGAACUCAUUGACCUCAACGUCCACUCCAAGACCAGACCCCUCAUCGAGGCGGAGGACUGUAACCAGGUCCUGAUCAACUGUGACGGGAGCUCAGAUGGGACCAGGGUGGCCUUUGAGGACAAAGGAACCCCCAUCAACACCCUGCAUUCCUCAAAUCAACCCAUAGAAGCCAUGUCAGACAUUUGAUGCUGAAGCCAUUGCUGAGAAGCCUCUUACUGUUGCACUCCUAAAGUUCCUGUCCAGCUGAGCUCCUUAAAAAAAAAAAAAUCCUCAAUCACUUCCCAAUGGCUUCUUCCUCCCUCCUCCCCGUCCUCUUUUUCCAGACGGAGGAGCUACACAUGAAAACAAGAGGCCACCCCAAGUGCUACAUUUGCACCCUACUUGAUGAGGCAACGAAAAUAUUCAAAUUAUGUUAAAUGUUAUGCUUCAGGGAAAUUUUGAAUAUUCCUUCAGCAUGCUUGUUCCAGGACUCUUCUCUCUGCCUGUUGUGAUUAGUUACAGUAUUGUUUUGUUUCCGAUGUUGUGUCCAAUUUUGAUGACGUUUUUUUAAAAAGUUGUGUCUUUGUCAGGGGUGCAUUGUAAUUUAUUAAUUUUGGCUUCUUUGUUAUUGUAAUUAUUGUUAUCAUAUGUUUAGUCUCUUUUUUCUCUUGUAUGAGAAUAUUCCAGGACAUGUGCACGUGAGGCUGUGUGAAAUAUAUUGUGAAUUAAUAGAAGAAACGUUAAUAGGUUCCGAUCUGGCGGGGUUUGGGUGGAGAUAGCAUCCUAGGUUUUGCAUGUGAUUCGUCUAAAUUUACUUGACUGGCUGUUUUGUUUUUUUUGUUUUUUUUUUGCAGCAUCCAGCAAUAUGGCCUUACCUUUUCUUCCCCCCCUAAACUCAGAUUUUUAAGUGUGAAUAUACAAAAAUGUUUGUGCUGAAGCUCAUACACGCACAGUUUGGCUUUCUCCCAUCAUGUGCUUCUACUUGGAAGUGGAUCCUGCUUCACAGUCUUUGACAUUUCCUUCGUUUCCCUUUGUUGUUUCUUUCUUUGGCCGCUAGGGGGCUCCAGGAGCACAACAGUUACAUUAAAGGUGGAAAGAGUUGAGAUUCAUGUCAAAGCUAUAGAGACGUUUCAGCAGUGUGUUGAUUUUGGGGUCAGUUUAGCCUGUUGUUAUUUUUUUACACAUGUAUAUAGAACUUAUGUUUACUAACGUCAUUGUAAUUUACACAAGCGUUUGAGUUGGAUUCUGUUUUUAGUCUCAUCUCUUCGACUGUUUGAAUAACCUGUAACCUGCUAACGUAAUGCACAGGUGAAGUCUGUAGUUUGAUUCACAGCUACUUCUGAAGACAUUUACAUUGUUACUGAACUUGAAAUCUUGACUGUUCUCACUCUCAACAUCCUCAAUUUCAAUAUCAGAGUUCACAUUUGCUGAAACUAGAAAUCAGGUUAUCGAAGAUAUAAUCUGAACUGAAACACCAGUGCCCACUUUGUCAUCCGUUCUUCUGCCGGUGUCGUCUUGUCCUCUUAAUUCAACUUUUCCCCCACAAGCCGUUGAAAAUUCCCGCCGCACUAGCUGCUGCAUCUGACAGAAUUCAUUUGAACUGUUUUUGUAGUAUGAACCUUGUCUGUUUGUUUAUAUAUGAAAAUACAUUUCUACAUAUAUUUAAGUGUUACUGUAUUGUGUAUAUAAUCAGUAUUAGGCGAAUGAAGCCAUGUUUAAGAUUAAGUGGCUCAGGAUGUGGAUAAUUGAAGUGUCUGUGUGCGUGACUCGUGCCCUGUGACAGGGUAGUCAGGUUAGCGUUGGGCAGCCUUGAAACCCAAAAUUUACAUAAACCCCCUCUUCCACAUGAGCUCUGCUAAAUAAGAGGCCGCGUGGGCAUCUUCCAUGUUUCCCAAGAUUGUAACGUGUGUAACUGUGCAUCCGCGUGCCCUCAUUUCGAUUAUUAGCCUCACACACUAAACAAGUUGACAUUGUCUGACCUGUGAUGCGAGUCGUGGCUGUGCCUCACAGAGCUUUUACUCUCAUCUAAAUAUAUUUUAUAUUAUGUAAAAAAAAAAAAAAAAGAUGUGGUUGAAUGGUUACGGUUGGCACAUCAGCUCAGGUUUCAACUGUUCUACUGAAGAGGGCGCAUCCACCAAACAAAAUAUGACGGGGUCAGACUUUUUUUUUUCUGUCUUUCGCUCUUGAUUUUUCGUGAAAUCUUGAAAUUCCCUUUGCUUGGCUACUUUUGAGCGAGCGAGGUGUGUGGACCUUGAUUUUUGCCUUGUUCUCUGCUGGCUCACUAAAAAUCUCUCUGUACAUAAAGCCCGUGGGCUUUCUGAUCUUAGCUUUGAUUAAUACGCUGGAAGAAUGUAACAGACUCCAUAAACCGUCCUGCAUUAUUUACAGUGUCUCUCAGAGCUGCUGGCUUUUAGCUUUCAUACAUUAUUCAUCUAGGAAAUAUGAGACUCUGCACUGUCACAAAUUACUUGCUAUGUUUAAGGAAUGGCUUCAGAGGAGUAGCUUUAUUGUUCAGACUCCUAGGAGACCAGUGUGUGAUAUUUCAGAGCGUAGCUCGUCUGUGUUUCUUUUAGGAGUGUCAUUCAUAAUACAAAACUCAUCUACCCCCUCGCCCCCAAACAUACACACUUUCCUCUCAUAAGUACCACCUUAUUUGGGGGCUGUUGUAGCUGCUGCUUGAACAGAUGUUGUCUAUUCCAGGUCCUGCUGCAUCUUAUGAGGGCUUGUCCUCAUUGUCAUCAAUAAUAAUAGGAUAGAACGGUGCCUUAGAUUGAUCUUUAGUGUUUUUACUGUAUCACAGUCGACUAAGAAAGCUUGUCCUUACCUCGGCCUCGACAAUCAGUCUGCCCAACGAGGGCAACUUUGUGAAUAUGAGGAUUGACUAACCUUGUCCACAAAUAAAAUUUGUACUGUAAAUAUAUCUAAACUGAACUGCGAUGAUACAAACUGUUAAAACAAUAAAGUCUUGCAAAAAUAA